AUGAAGCUCAGCUCGUCGUUUGUUCUCGCUAUUGCAGCAGCCUCGUCUGCCUCGGCAUCGCCCCUCCUGCGCCGUCAGGACCCAAGCUCGUCGGUUGGAGGACUUCCUACCCCUUCAGCUGUCUCCUCUAUCCUCGCCGGCCCCAGCAACACGCCUACUGCAUCGAGCGAUUCCGCCUCCGCUUCCACCACCUCUUCGGCCGCCACCCCCACCGCGACAGGCGCCGCUACCACCACCUUCAAUGACACGCAGAUCCUCCAGUACGCGCUCACGCUCGAGCACCUCGAAGCAGCCUUCUACAAUCAGUCGCUCUCUAACCUCUCCACCUCCGACUUUGAGAAUGCUGGCUACAAUGCUUCCACUCGAAACCGAAUCUACGCCAUCGGCCUAGAUGAGGCGUCCCACGUUGCCUUCCUUACCGAGGCUCUUGGCAACCAGUCGGUCCCGGCCUGCACCUACAACUUCAGCUCUGUCACUGAUGUUGCCAGCUUCCUCACCACCGCUCGUGUUCUCGAGGGAGUUGGAGUGUCGGCAUACCUCGGCGCCGCUCAGAACAUCACUGAGAAGGCUUACCUCGAGGCAGCUGGCUCAAUCCUUGUCGUAGAGGGUCAGCACCAAAGUUAUAUCAUUGGUCAGACAAAUGAUGGUGGAAAUGCCAUUCCCAGUGCCUUCUCUACACCUCUUGACUUCAAGCAGGUGUACUCCCUGGCAGCACCUUUCAUCGCCUCGUGCCCUGACAACGCCACUCUGCCCCUCACCGCCUUCCCCACCCUCUCGCUCACCGGUGGCGCAGCUAACGGAUCCUUCACCCCUGGUCAGCAGGUGACCGUCUCGUACGACUCCAGCAACUCCACCUCUUCCGGCUCUGGAAGCAACAGCACCUACCUCGCCAUCAUCCAGGGUGUCACCGGACCGCAGUUCUUCCCUCUCGAGGGCAACUCUUCCCAGGUGACUCUGCCUAGCAACCUCACCGGUGGUCAGAUGUACGCUGUCGUCACCACGUCCAACAGCACUGUUACGGAUGACAACACUCUCGCUGGUCCCGCGGUUGGAUACGUCAACAUCCCCCUGGCUCAGGCGCCUGAGGCUACCGCUGCGUCGUCUGGCUCUUCUUCGUCCUCGGCGGCCAGUGCUACCGCAAGCGGUAGCGCCGCCGGUGGUGCCGCUCCUACUGGUGCUUCCACCGACUCAGCCGCUCCUACCGGUGCCCCUACCGACUCGGCCGCUACGCCCUCCGCAACGGCCAGCGGUAGCGAUUCGAUCGUCUCGACCGAGUCGGCUAGUCAGACCGCUUCCCAGAGCGUUGCUCCUUCGCUCGCUAGCGUCGGUUCGGCUAACUUGCCCCAGCCCACUUCUAGCAUGUAG